AUGGGCGACUUGCCCAUGAUCAAAUGUUCCGACUGUGGGGUCAACGUUGACAUCCUUGCGAUGGGGGAUCAUGUCUGCGCGAAACCUGCAAAUGGUAGCUAUCUGACCAGUGCUCCUGAAGCUACCCCUGUUGCUAAAUCCUCCCGCGCAGCUAUAUCGCGAACACCGUCCCCUCCCCCACCGCCUCCCAAGUCAAUACGAAGACCGACAUUAGGGUCGCAGGAUGCAUGGUCUUCGAAGGCUGGGCGGGCAUCGCCGCCAACAAACAUCGACCCUCUCAGAGCUAAUCAACCAUUCCUACAACCGACGACCGGGCAGGACGACAAUCUUUUCCCCUCUCCCCUUUCCGCAUCGCCAGGAUCGCGCUCCCCGCUGCGGACAGCUCCACUUCCCCAGGGCCCCAGCACGGAGGAUAGCGGUGAAGGUAUCCCGAAUUUCCCGCUACCUCGAUCGAUGUCCGGGCGACGGGUAAAUGGCAUGACAGUGAAGGAAGCACCUGGGUCUACAGAUGCGAUAAACAAGGGUUAUGAUCGCCCGCCGCAUAGCGCACAUCUACCACUCCGCCCGCAAGAAGAACAAGCCCCACCGCCGUUACCGAAGGAUGAUACACCCUACGCGCAUAAGCACACUGUUUCCGUGGACAGCAAAAGCAGCUAUAGAACGUCCCUGGCGAGCACGCGGUAUGGCGAUCGAAACUCGAAACGAUCAACCGCAAUCUCCAGCCGGCGACCAUCUUUUGGAAGUGUAGCCUUGGCUGGAUACAGAUAUGAGGAAGAUAUACCCCCAAUUCCGCAGUCUCCGCCAAACGUGUUCCAUUCGGUCUUCUCGGAUUCGUCCAUGUCCGAUAUCUCAGCAAGACGGGAUGGUAAAAAUGAAGUGCACAGCGGGUUUGAUUUCGGUGGUGCGCUGGAUAAACCAGCUGCCAGCCCCUUACGAGUAUCGUCGGCCGCAAAUUCGGAGCGCCUCAGCAGUUCGCGUGGAUCCGCUGAAUUAUUCUUCAGCAGUCCGGCGCAAAGUACUUACGGACCUCCUCUCGAUCUACCCGAGUCUGAAUUCCGGUCGAUAUCACCAGCCGAAUCUGAAAAGGUCGAAUACAAGGCUUUCAAGCCAUCAAGCACGGAUUAUUUACAGCCCAACCCUGCAGAUCAGAAUGGGCAAGACGACAUGCGCAGGAAGAACUCCGACGCUACCGAUGACAGCGCAAUCUCAGUGUCUAACUUCGCUCGGGCCCUGGGUCUUGAUAUAAACGACGAUACCGUGAAAGAUUCGACGACCUCUUCUGAUUCAUCACCGUCAGAAACCAGAAGCGGCACUUCUCUGUCAAGCAUUCAAUCCGAUGUCAGCAUGUCCAGGCGGAAGCCGUCUGAUCUGACCCGCCUUGGCCCUGUCGUUGAAGACCCUCGCAAAGAAACUGUUUCAAAUACAGAACAUCGCAACGAAAGCCACUCGGGAAGUCCUACGAUCCUCGAACCUCCUCGUAUCCCUGAAAACCUCUUCACUCCCGAUUCACCUACAGACCCGGCCCUCGCAAAAGGCGGCGGCUUAUCUCUCAUACCCGAAUUUCCUCAAGGCUCUCAAAUGCCGCACAGCCCGCGAAGUCCGCGAAGCCCACGGAGUCCUCGAAGCCCUCCAAACCCAGAUGACAUGGAGGAGCGAAAGCCCCUGUCGCGAGCCGCUACGGAACCCACACCCCGCCCACAACAGUCCAAACCACGAGGACCCUGCCGUGGCUGCGGCGAGAUGAUCAUGGGCAAAUCCAUUUCCUCCGCCGACGGCCGCCUGACUGGCCGCUACCACCGCGCCUGCUUCGUCUGCUUCCAAUGCCGCCUCCCCUUUGAAACAAACGACUUUUACGUCCUCAACGACCGCCCCUACUGCGCGAGGCACUACCAUGAACGUAACGGCUCAAUCUGCGCUGGAUGCCACGAGGGCAUCGAGGGUGAAUACCUUGAGACAAAUGAACGCACGGGUCCAGGACCCGGAGAUCGCCAGAAAUUCCACAUCGAUUGUCUCAGAUGCCGUACCUGCAAUAUCGACCUCCAGGGCGAGUACUACGAGUGGGACGGCUUCGUCUACUGCGAGCGAGAUGCCCGGCGCGCUGCCUCCUCCGUCUCACCUCAUCGUUUCCGUCGCCCGACUAUGCCUUCUUCACCUCUUGCUCCCUCUGGCAUGCCCAUGCCCCCUCCUUCAUCUCGCGGCCGCCCACCUCCACCAGGCUACCCAGGUCCGGGCCGAGGCCGAGGUCGCGGACCUCGUCCGCCUGGUCCACCCGGUCCAUACGGGCCCGGCCCCGUCCCCGGCCGUAAGCCAGGCCCAGGACCAGCUCCCUAUGGCCGUCCACCACCCUCACCCUCGCCAAACCAACUCGGACCGCCAGGAGGACCACCUGGUGGUGCCCGCCGUUUCCCUGAACGGCGGACCACAAAACUCAUGAACAUGAUUUGA